CGAAGGACCGGCGCGGUGGCGAUCAAGACCGGGAUGACGUGCGAUUGGGACGCGCGAGGGACGAGGAUCCCGCUCACGGUGCUGUGGAUCGACGAUUGCGAGGUGGUGGCGGCGAAGACGUCGAGCGGGGCGGACGGGUACGACGCGGUGCAGGUGGGAUACGGAAGCCGAAAGCCGAAGCAGGUGACCAAGGCGGAGCUGGGGUACUUUGUGCGAAGGAAAACGAACAUUAAGAGAGCGCUGUGCGAGUUUCGGACGAGCGCGGACGGGGUGCUGGCGCCGGGGACGGCGAUCACGGCGGCGCACUUCGCGGCGGGGCAGUACGUGGACGUGCAGGGCGUGACCAAGGGGAAAGGGUUUCAGGGACCGAUGAAGCGGUGGGGGUUCUCGGGACAGCCCGCGAGUCACGGGAACACGAAGAAGCAUCGCGCGCACGGGAGCAUCGGGCAGUGCCAGGACCCGGGGCGAGUUUUUAAGGGGAAGAAGAUGGCGGGUCGGAUGGGCGGCAGGACGCGCACGGUGCAGAGCGCGUACGUGUACAAGGUGGACACGGAGAAGAAUUUGGUGUACGUCAAGGGACAAGUCCCGGGGAACGCCGGAAUGGCGGUGAAGAUCAGAGACAGCCUGCGGAAA